AUGAAGUACUUGUGCAGUCACAGCUUCCUACAUGCGUCACAGGACAGCAUAGCGGCGUCCACACGGGCAAGGACACCCACCUGCUCUGCCACCAUCCUUACACUUCAAUGUGCCAACGCUGCCCUGACACGGGACCUUGAGCAGUGUCUUGACAUCCUUCGCUGUGCACGCGCUUUUACCGAUGAAGUGGAGAAGGUGGUAACUGCUAUCCCUGUUUUCGUGGCGUCCAUGCAGCAGCACAUGCAGGCGUUAAUGCUGCUACAGCACGGUGUAUUUUUGGAAAACGCAACCGUUCUAUUUCAACUGUGGCACAGGGAUCAUGAUUCCUUGCUUGACGCAUUUGAACGGGAGGCACAUGACGCCCAUGAGAGCUACCGGUGUAAGGUAGAGGGCAUUGUUGAGCAGCAUGAGGCUGAACUGAAGGAGGUUCAUGGUGGGUGGCGAGGGAAGCUCGACGCUACACGGGCGGAGUUGAUGGAGUUGACGCGGCGGCUUCAGUCAGCUGAGGAAUACGAGAAGAGAGAGGCGAGGCAUACGCUUUUAAAGAGGGCUGCUGCUGUCAUUGAGCGAAAUCGGCGCGGUAGACGCAAUAAUACGACGCAGACGAGUCAAGACACCUCAGCUGUGGCGUGCCAGACGACGGAUGUCUACCGUCGUCCUGUUGCUGUUCAAACUACAGAAGAGGAACAUCAGUGGCAUGCAGAAUCAAAGAAAUCUAAAAAUGAUGAGGAAGAAAGGGAACCAAAGCCCCGUGUCUCUGUUCCAGUGGCACUUUUUGCAGACACUCCAAGUGUGAACACGCCACGUGAAGAGCGGGGACAACGGGGGGGAACACGAUGCACUGGAGCUUGA